ACCAGGCCAAACCCCUGAGCAGCCCUCCGGUGUUCAGUGAGCCCCCGCCCUCCGACUCCCCUGCCUGUCCCUCAUCUGGGGCUGUUUGUAUGAGCGAGUAUGACUGUGUGGGGGGCCUGUCUGCUGCUCUGCCUGUGUCGACCUCUGCGCCCCCUCCUUGGCUCCCGUGUGUCCUUUCCUUGGGCCACCUCCCUCUGGCGGUGCUGGGUGUGGGGUGGCUGGUGAGAAUGGACCCAGGGAAAGAGCAAGAGUGCAAGGAAGAGGAAGCACUUUCUGCAGACUGAAUCCUCGCCUUCCCUGAAGUAAGGAAGGAGAGGGGAAGGCCUGAGUGUGACCGUGGGGACAGGACAUAGGCCAGCCUCCAGGAUGACCUGAAGGCUCAGCCUCUGAGCCUGACCCUACUGCCACCCAUCCCAGAGAAGCCUAAGCAGCCGGACGCCUAGGUUUCUCACAGUGGGUGGGGGCAGGGGCCUCCGUCAGGGAGGACGUCACCCGUUAAACUUCCUCUGUCAGCCACACAGGAAGCCGAGCCGGCUCAGGGCCCAGCCCCAGGCAAGCACAGGCCCCCAGGACCCCUGGGGAAAGGGCCCAGCCGGGCCAGCCCUGCAGGGACCAUGGGAUCCAGAGCUGAAGGGGGUCCCCCAGCGGUGUUUGAUUGGUUCUUCGAGGCAGCCUGCCCUGCCUCCCUACAGGAAGAUCCUCCCAUUCUUCGGCAGUUCCCCCCAGACUUCAGGGACCAGGAAGCCAUGCAGAUGGUGCCCAAGUUUUGCUUUCCUUUUGAUGUAGAAAGGGAGCCCCCCAGCCCUGCCGUCCAGCAUUUCACAUUCGCCCUCACCGACCUGGCCGGCAACCGCAGAUUCGGUUUCUGCCGCCUGCGAGCUGGUGCGCAGAGCUGUCUAUGCAUCCUCAGUCACCUGCCAUGGUUCGAGGUGUUCUACAAGCUACUGAACACAGUGGGGGACCUCCUAGCUCAGGACCAAGUCUCCGAGGCUGAAGAACUUCUUCUAAAUCUGCUGCAGCAGCCCCCUCCUGGGCCCCAGGUCUCAAGAGGGCCGGAGCUGGGCGGUGGAGUGACCAUCUCUGGUGUGCACGGAAUACUCCCUCCUGCCCCCGGGAACAGCAGGCUGCUUUCCUGCUUCGUGGCUCCGGACUCCGGCUCCCUGCCCUCCAUUCCUGAGAAUAGAAACCUAACGGAGCUGGUGGUGGCAGUGACAGAUGAGAACAUCGUGGGCCUGUUCGCCGCGCUCUUAGCCGAGCGAAGAGUCCUGCUCACUGCCAGCAAGCUCAGCACGCUGACUUCCUGUGUUCACGCGUCCUGUGCUCUCCUGUACCCCAUGCGCUGGGAACACGUGCUGAUCCCCACGCUGCCCCCGCACCUCCUGGAUUACUGCUGCGCGCCUAUGCCCUACCUCAUUGGAGUGCAUGCAAGUCUGGCCGAGAGAGUGCGCGACAAGGCCCUGGAGGACGUCGUGGUACUGAACAUAGACUCCAAUACCUUGGAGACGCCCUUCGAAGACGUGCAGACGCUGCCGCCAGACGUGGUGUCCUUGCUGAGGCUAAGAUUAAGGAAGGUCGCGCUGAGCCCCGGGGAAGGAGUGUCCCGUCUCUUCCUCAAAGCCCAGGCCCUGCUCUUUGGCGGCUACCGCGAUGCGCUGGUCUGCAGCCCGGGCCAGCCUGUAACCUUCAGUGAAGAAGCCUUCUUGGCCCAGAAGCCCGGGGCGCCCCUGCAGGCCUUCCACCAGCGGGCUGUACACCUGCAGCUGUUCAAGCAGUUCAUUGAAGCCCGGCUGGAGAAGCUCAACUCGGGGGAGGGCUUCUCCGAUACCUUUGAGCAGGAGAUCAGCUGCUGCAGGGAUUCCUCAGGUGAGCCCCCUGCUGGCUCCCGGGUUCUCCCCCUACCAAGCCCCAGCCAGUGCCUGCCUUGGAUGAUACCUGCUCUCCUCACCCCAGGCACCCUCCGCUCCUAUCAGCUCUGGGCCGACCACCUAAAGAAAGGUGGUGGUGCUCUCCUGCAUUCGGUCAAAGCCAAGACCCAACCAGCAGUCAGGAUCAUGUACCGCUCGGCCAAGAGUGGCCUGAAAGGAAUGCAGAGCCUACUGCUGUACAAGGAUGGGGACUCUGGCCUGCACAGGGGAGGCUCCCUGAGGACCGCAAGCCUCACCAGCCGCUCAGAUCGCCUGCAGCAGCGCCUGCCUAUCACCCAGCAUUUUGGACAGAACAGACCGCUUCGCCCCAGCAGGAGACUUAAGCCAGAAAAGGGACUUUCUGAGCCCCUGGGGGAGAGGACACCUCCCCUGAGCCCUGAGGAUGCCCAGGGUCCAUGGGCAGAAGAAGUUCUGGACAGCAACUUUUUGGGGUCCGGAGAAGAACUGGAUUUGCUGAGUGAGAUUCUAGACAGUUUGAGUGUACAGACUAAGAGCAUGGGCAGCCUGAGGCCAAGCCAGAGCUUAGACUGCUGUCACGGAGGGGACCUGGACAGCUGCUUCAGCCUGCCUGACCUACCAGGAAGAACAAGAUGGCAACCAGAUGAAGAGAAACUGCCAGAGCCCCAGCCCCUGUCCCUGCCUGCAGACCUGCCAUCCUUUCCAAACACACCAUCAUUGGAAAUCACCUGCUCCUCAAAGAACCCCAAUUCCCAGCUGCUCUCAGGCUCCAGCCAAGAAAUCAUCUCUCCGUCCCAGCUUUCAACAGCUUCUACAGACACAAGCAGCCCAGGGGACCCCGAGUCCUCUCCUCUCACUGAGCCCUCAACCCUUCGUCUCUCCCCUCUUCCAAAGGCGACUGAGCACCCUGCAGCCUGGGAGAUCCCUUGCACCAGGCUCUCCGAGGCACACACCCAGCCCAGCCCUCCAGAAAGUCCCCCACUUCUAGCCCCCGUGGAACCCAACUUUGAUACUGUCAGGACACCCCAGUCCCCUGAGUCUUCCCCAGACCCCAGUUUUCCAAAGAACCCCAGAACCCAGCCUCCCAAGGUCCUGCUAGAACAUGCUCACUCCCGGUGCCCCGAGGAACCAGGAACCCCCAACACCCUUACCUCACCCACCAGCGACUGGCAAGAGCCCCAGGCCAGGAAGAGGCCCCGAGUUGCUGAUCUUAAGAAGUGUUUUGAGGGAUAAGGAUCAGGGGUCUGGAGGAGACCCUGGAUCCUCAAUAAAGCCACAAGAGCCCAAA